AUGCUAGGAUCAAUUCCCAUCAGAUUGACUGACCGUAUUUUGCACCCCGCAGCCGGAUGUGGUCAGGGUGCUUCGAUUUUGGGGGGCGCGGCCGUCCAAAUUGCAACGGGACAAUCUACAUUUGGAUCCCCCACCCCGUUGCAGGAACGCCAAGCGAAGGCUGAACAGCAGCUAUCCGCUGAUGAUCAUCGGUCCAGCACGGCUGAUUGUCUGCCACGCGUGUGCGAGCGAAACCACCCUCGCCUGUAG